UCGCAUGCUUCUGUCCCACCAGUGAGCAUCCACACUGUGCUGGCUUGAAACAGUGAAAAAAGGAGGAAUGGUGUGAGGAAUAGUGCUUUGACUUUUGCUUUUCCUUUACCUGUAGAAGCUCUACACAGAUCUUACACAGGGAUGCAGUUUUUUCAACUUGAUCGGUUUUUACAAAGCACUUGACAGAGCAGAGGAAUCAUAUCCAUUUGAAAGAGAGCAAGUCAAAGUAAAAAACAGAGUGGACAAAUGUCUUGGAAAAUGCUCGAUUUCUAUGAAGACAUGAGAUGUACUGGUGAAGAAGGGAAAUACGGAGACGAAUGGCAUCGUGGGAAAAAGUGCCACUCAGGGGAUGAACCAAGUUUACAGGACCUUUAAAAAGAUGGAGGACACAAGAGGCGGCACGGAAUAGGAGGAGUGGGGAAGGAGGGAGGGGACACAGGAUGGCGUGAGGACUGAGACCAGUGGUUGGUUUGACGUGAGCCACGUGUGUGUCCAGCCACAUCUCUUCGCCGCUUUAUGGACAUCAAUGAACUGUUGGCUUCCCCUAUCGCCCAGUCGAUUCGCUUUUGGCCCAGGUAGGCAGACAUGGAGGUGAUGUGCAAGACCUUGGCGAGGAAAGAGUCAUGUUUGAGUCUGUCACUCACCAGUGGGUUUACAGCACAAUAACAAGAAAACCAGGCACUCAGCUGCUCAGUAAACAAUGGUGACUGCUGUAGGUGACUUCCAGGUGUGGAUCCAUUUAAGCAAAUGACUACCAAGCAGUGCAGAGCUCAAAUACCGAAAACUCCUCAUAUACAAGUAAAGGAAGGAAUAUAGGCGAUCUGCUUGCAAUGUCAUCACUAAAUCUGGGAAACAUGCUCCAUCACUACAACACUGGACAUCCAUGAACUCUGCACAGUCACUCUAUUCUCCACCAUGAAUGUAACGGUUAGUUGAUAGAAUGUGAUAAACAGUGCGGUGGUAUCUAGCAACUUGCCGUUUCACCACCUCAAUAAAACCAGGUCUGAGGUCUGUGUUGUGAAAAUGGCAGAGGAGUCUUUCCAGCUCUUACGUGUCGACAGCAAAGACCACACAGAAGACGACAAGCUCCAUCCAGCUGAUACUCCAAUGCCAUCACUAGCAUCCAUCCAAAGUGACAAGGCUGUGGUCAUCAAGAAGAGCACCAUUAAGAAGGGAGAUAAUGCCCCAUCUGUAUUUCCUGUGAUGAUGUCAUCAACUGUUAACCAAUCACUAAAGAAGAAAGACAUAUCUAUGGCUAUGAGGCCUGAGCUGUCACCAGAUCGAGAGUCCUUGGAGUCUGAGGUGGACCAAGUCGACAGCGAGGUUCAGUCUCACGCUCAGACAGCGAUUGUGCAGGAUCUUUCUUCCCUUGUUGAUCAGGAUGAUGUGUAUCCUGCCCUGAGAAACAACGCAGCGAUGGAAGGAGAAAAACCCAAGAGUAACACAACCAAAGCAAUGGCAGCAUGUGAAUGCAGUGCUGAUGACAACCAGCUGUCCAAUGCAGACUGGUACUGGGGCAGCAUCUCAAGAGAGGAAGUAAAUGAGAUAAUGAGAAACACUCCUGACGGCACAUUCCUGGUCCGCGAUGCUUCCAGCCGGGUUAAAGGGGAAUAUACUCUUACACUAAGAAAAGAUGGUUCAAACAGGUUGAUAAAGAUAUGCCAUCAUGGGGGGGACUAUGGCUUCUCUGAGCCACUGCUCUUCCCCUCAGUGGUGCACCUGAUCCAGUAUUACCAGAACAAAUCGCUAGCCCAAUACAACUCCAAGCUGGACACACGACUACUCUACCCCAUGUGCAGAUACCAACAGCAGCAGGUUGGAAUGGAAGUUAACAUUGAAGCAGUUGGAGAACAGCUGAGGAUAUUUCAGGAUCGAUUCAAAGAGAAAAGCAAAGAGUAUGACCGUUUGUUUGAGGAGUUUAACCAAGCAUCCCAGGACCUGCAGAGCAAGCGCACAGCCAUUGAGGCUUUCAGUGAAAUCAUUCGGAUCUUUGAGGAGGAGUGCGAACCUCAAGAACGCUACAGCAAGGAAUAUAUCAACAUGUUUUUAACGCUACACAGCAGUAGAGAAACUGAUAAGAUACAAAGCAAUUCUGGUGAACUGCAGUUGAAAGUGGAGGAAAUCCACAACAGCAAGAAGAAGCUGGAGGACGAGCUGAGAAAGAAGUCGCUGGCUCACAUGGAGGUUGACAGAAAAAUGAACAGUCUGAAGCCCGACCUGAUAGAGCUCCGAAAGAUCAGAGAUCAAUACCUGCUCUGGCUCACCCAACAUGGCACGAGGCAGAGUCAGAUUAAUGACUGGUUGGGGGUCAGGAAUGAAGACGAAGACCUGUACACGCUGGCAGAUGAUACACAUGAGGGGGAAGGGACCUGGUAUGCUGGUGGUAUGAGACGAAAGGAGGCAGAGGAGCUGCUGAGGGGCAGAAGGGAUGGGUCUUUCCUCAUCAGAGACAGCCAAUCUCAGAGAGGCUCCUUUGCCUGCUCUGUUGUAGUGGACGGGGAUGUGAAGCACUGUGUGAUCCACAGGACGUCCACAGGGUAUGGCUUCGCUGAGCCCUACAACUCCUACUCAUCACUGACAGAGCUGGUUCUCCACUACCGACACACAUCCCUGGUCCAACACAACCAGCAGCUGAAUGUAACCUUGGCCUGGCCUGCUCUCAGCCAGCAGUCCAGCUGAGAAACACCAGCAUGUCGCACUGAUGGAGCUUUUCCAAAGCUCCACUGUGCACUGAAAAUGCACCUUAUUGAAUACUGCUACCAGGCUCCAAGACUACAGUACCAGUUAGUAUCAUAUUUUAAGUUUCAUGCUGCACUGGUAUGACAUCAUAGCAAAUACACAGCAUUAUUAGGUUGAUCAUGUCUGUCAUUGUCAGCUGUGUUAGUUCAAUACAAUAGUUUCAUAUUUAGAUCCUGGUACCAGUCUGUCAACUAAUUCAAAUGAACAGGGAUGUAGUUUAAUAUACAGAGAAUUAUAUAAAAAAAAUGCAGCUCUGUUCUAAUCCAUUUUAUUUUUUAUGAUUAUUACUGGGGUGGCAAGAAAAAGUAUGUGAAAUAUUAUGACUUUUUUUACAUUUAGUGCUCAUAAAAGAUAAAUCACACAUAUAGAUGAACACAAUUAGCUUAAGCUAAUGGAAAAAGUGAAGGAAUUUUGUUUUUUAGACAACUGCUUUAAUAAUUUAACAGUUACAACUACUGCUAUCAACAAUUCACAUCAACAGAAACUUCUUGUUAAUAGAAAAGCUAUUAACUUAUUAUCUAGUUGUUGAUGUCGCUGUAACCCACACCUCUAAUUUUUCACUGAAUUGACUCCAGGUUUACCAACUCCUUCAGGUACCUUUUGUUUUUAUUGUUGAGCCAUGAGAUUGUGGAUAUUUGUAUUAAGAUGCAAAUAUUAAGCGUUCACUUCUUUCAUGCCACUGUGUUCCUACUGACAAAAAUCCUAUUUACUUUCCAUUUAAAGUUUGUGAAACAAAGCGGGGCUGAAUAAUUUACAGAAUAAACACUGAACUGAAUCUUUUACAACAAAUCUCUCAAAACUGUGCAGAUAAUGAACUUGCGAAAUAGUGGUUGAAAAAAGAAAAACUAUGGAAAGACAAGAACCUAGCAUCAAACAUUUUGCCCAUUUCUAAGAUAUUAAUGGAUUGUAUCUAUUAAUCUAAGAGUUCCAUAUAUUUUUAUAAUACUGAAUGUGUUUUUCCUCAAAGAGAAGCACAAAAAUCAUAAUUCUCUAAUGCACCUCAAACACUUAAAACAUCGUUUUCCAACAACCCACAUCAACACUCCACAAACAUACAUAACAUUAUACUCCAAAUAUUCAGUAUAGUAGUAGCACAAGUACACAAUGAGUGAAGUAGAAGCUGAAGACAUGCAGCACUUUAUUUUAAACAAAGACAACCAGCCUACAUAGACGUGGAUAGUUCAGAAAUUUAGAUUUGUGAGAAUUCACUAGCCGUGAUUUAACAUUUUGAUCACUGGUUUUCUGGAUUUCUGUCAUUAGAAAAACACUAGUUAGAUUCUUGUUGGCACUAACCGAGAAUACAUUCUCCUGUUUUUUUCUUUCUCUCACUUAUAAAAUGAAAAUUAUUAUUAUUUUUUGGUUUGGAAAACAUGUGACAAUCAAGGCACAUUUUGCCACUGUAUGUUGCUUAAAGCUCACUCAUAAACACCUCAGUUAUUUGCAGGGGUGUUUACUGCCACAGACAUCGCUUGCAAAUGUUUGCUUGUGUACAAGCAAAUCUAUGUUAACAGAUGUUAAGUGAUAAUAUACUUGCACAUUUGCAGUUCUGUACAAAGUGCCUUGAAGCACAUGUGGUAGUUAUUGUAGACAGCAGUUAUGAUAAACCAGGCAAAGUAUUGAGCUAGAUUUAACGUCACAAUAGUGUGUGUUACAAUGCCACUUUGGAUUUACAUCGUGUGUUGAGAGCCAAAAUACCAGAAAUUCCAACUUUGAAAACAUUUUCAUAAUGGUGCAAAAAUUACUUUCUGCCAUGGAAAUGUAAAAAAAUGAAGUUAGCAAAUAAAUGAUGUUCAAAAAUUAUAUGAUUUAAAUGCCCUUCAAGCUUCUGCUAAAGGAAGUAUUACCUGAAAACGAACUGCAAAACUGACAGCAACAUUUCUUAAAUUAAUAUAAGGAAUAAAGGUAUGUGUUCUCCACCUACCAAGCUUUUCAUCAUCAUACAUACUGUCGAUGUCUUUUCUUGGUGUUACCUCAUAAUGCUUUCUUUUUGUACUAUACUGGAGAAUUAGUGCCACCUACUUCACCAUAUGCUAAUUGUUGAAUGUCAUUUCUUACUGAAAAUUCAAGCUAAACCACACAUUUAAAACACAAAAUUAUUUUACAUGAAAUAAUUAAAAAAGCAAUUGCACUCACCUGUCACUUUGGGUCUAUUCUGUAGCAGUUGUGAAGUCCAUCUAUGGCAGAAAAAGAAUAAUGAUAUUUUAUUAUAACAUUUGCUUGUUUGAUAAAAUGUUGACAGCAGUAGAACAUACAUUUUCCUUCUUUCAUAACUGCAGAACAUUUUCUUUUUGAUAUGUGUGAAGUAUACAUGGUGAUCAGAGAGUAUAAUAAACAUCACUCUUUUCAAGAGGAUAUGAGUGAGGGACUGUGGUGCUUAUGGGUUACAGUGAAUCGUUAAAACUCAUUAACAUAAAAUAACACUGCACUUUUCUUUUUUUUUUACUUUACGUUUCCCAUCAAAGACAACCAAGUAUUUUAAUGUUUUGUUAUUGGUUUAAUCAAAAUAUUGUAUUGUAUUUUGAUCUGUUCAAUAGUCACUUAAUGCAUUUAUCGCUUGGUGAUACAAGUUAUCCAUUUUGUUAAUUGCCCUUGAGGGAAAUUGUCCUAUUCUUAUACUUUGUGGCAAUGAAAAGGUGUACAGUACAUGUUUGAUUCUGCAUGCCAUCAUUGUGUAACAAGUAUUUGUAUAUUACUAGUAUCUUUAAUAGGGACAUUGUGGUGGUUCUCCACCAAUUCUACCACCAGUUGGUGGUAGAAAUGUUUUGCUACCCACUCUUUAAUGGGGUUUUUUUUUUUGUUCUUGUUUUAGUAACAUUUUUAUCUUCUUUGUCUCAAUGUUUGUUUCUAUAAAUGCUCCUCACUGAGAUCAAGGGUUAGUCACUACUGCAUGACUGCUAGUAACUCUUCUAUUACGUCUUCUUUUCCUGCAGUCUGCAGUCCUUGAAUCUACAUAAAUAUGUGAUAUAGUGUUGCAGUGAAAUGUCACACUUUGGAGCAGUUCAUGCAGUUUUGUAACACCCUACGUAAAUGGACAAAAAGUAAAAGAAAUUACAACUUAAUUACGAUUAAAAAGUCAACUGAGCAUGCUGUCAAUUUAGCAACAGAGAACCUUUAAAUUAUUAUCAUGCCUACACUGUUGCUCUCUCAUCUUUCAUUUCAAAGCGUCACUGUUUGGUCCAACCAAAAAUGUUUGUCUCAUCAUUCAAGCUGUCUUUUUUUAAACUUUGCACUAUGAGUAGAUUAAUUGAGUGUUUUCGUAAGUGCAUCAUGAUAUGGAGAAGUAUAUUUAUUUAUUAUUGUGGAUUUAAUUUCUUUCUUUUUUUAAUGAGACAUUACUGAGUUAGUUUUGUAGUAGGAACAGUAAAGUUUAGAGUGAAAGCAUAGCAUUUGCACAUACAAGUAUCUCAUAUGAGCUUGAGAUACAAUGACGGUCUUCAUGUCCAUCCACUCUUUGACUGAAACAGGUGGACAUGUGGUGGUGCUACAGAUAGACAUGAUGUUGAUAUAAUGAAUACAGUAUGUUGUAGCACUGAUAAAAGCACUGAUGUGUUUUGUUUUUUUUCCUGUGUGGUAUCUUCAAUGAACUGACCUCCUAACAGUCCUUCCUGUAUGUGCAGGACAUAUUUUAAUUAUUUGUGCAUUAUCUGGUCUUUUCCUGUUACGGUCAAAAUUAGAUAACUUUUGUGUUUCAUCACUGUGGAAACAAAACUGAACAAAGAAAAUGCCAAAAACACUUUAGAAUGGCAUUCAAUGUUUCAUAGCAAAGUUACUGGUGUCAUAUGUCAUCAAGUAUGUGUCCUUGUGUAAUUUUAGUUUAUUUUUUUAAUUAUUGGAUCAUUUCAUUUGGAGGGCAUUUGUUUUCAAGGUUGAAGACAUAAUGUCAGGUAGCUCUCUGCAUUAAGUAACUUUUCAUAAGUCACUCAAACACUGUGCAUAUGACUACAUGGAAAAACGUGAUGUGAAUUUUGUUUCUAUGAGUCAACUAAAACUUUCCUACCAAGGAGUUAGAAAUAAAAAAUAAUGUUUAUGGCCUUUAUUUUGGUUAAGAUGAAUUAGAUCAAGUCAAGUGAUUCAAAGAAAGACUGCUCAACUUGGAGUUUUAAUUAAGACAAUUAAGUUGGAUUGAGGAGAUUGAUAGAACAUAUAAAUGUGUUUAGGUCAGUUUCUCUGUGGUGAGGGAUAUAUUUUGACCUUCUGUCUCUCCAGAAUUUACCAUAUGUUCAUAUUUGACAAUUAAACAGUGUGUACUUGUGGGUGGGAUAUUGCGGUAGCAUUUGUCAAACAAUCUAGCUCAAGUUACAUAAGACAUAUUAGUUAACUUUUUUAAAUGUUUGCAGUCAUGUGACUUGAUGUAUUCAGAAAGGUUUAUUUCACUUUGAGUUGUGCUUAUAAUGAAAUACCUCUACUUGUCUCUGCAUUGCACUUAAUGUACCUGUAAAAUCAUGUUUCUGUAACUUUGACUUUCAUUUUUGUUUUUAAUGUGACUUUAUGAAUCAGACUUUGUGCUUUAGUUAUACUUUGUCUGUAGCUGUGAGAAAAUAACUAUUGUAAAUGUUAAUUUGCUGUAAUGAUUAUGCAUCAACAUUCAGUUAUUUGUGUUUAAUCCACAAACCAUGUAUUCACUGUAAGUCAACAAUAGUUUUACUUUUUUGAUGUAAGGCCUACUUUCUGCACUUUGAGAUCCUAAAAUAAAUCUGAGAUGAUGGCUUAAUGACA